CUCGGUUUACCGAAAUUUCGGUUCGGUUCGGUAUUACCGAAUGAACACCCCUGGGAUUUAUUGUUAAGGUCUUGGGCUUUUUCAUUAAAAACCCUGGGAACUCAUACGACCGGCCACAAAUUUCAAAAAAGCCUAGCCGCCGCAUAACAUAGCUUCUUCCCCAUAUUCCAUGGCGCCAUCAAUGCUGCGCGGUUCGCAUCGUCGGAACGGGCACAGUAGCUCGGCACCAAUGUCGCCCCCGAGAAGAACGCCAACUCCAAACAGGUCGUCAUCACAGUCACGCAUUCUCAGUCCACACUCGCGUCGGAGGAUUCCUCGCCCGACCGUGCGUGAUUGGGUCGCCAGCCCUUCAAUGACGCCCUCUGCUUAUCUCACUGGUCAGGAACCCACGCGCCAUCGCGUGCACCAAGAGAAGACCACUGCAAAAGCCUUCAUCGGAAAAACUGUCAAGCGAGAUUGGUCUUUACCUGGGCAGGAGAAUGGGACCGCAAGUACCUGCUCGGACGGCGGUCCAUCCCAAAUGACACAACAACAUUCUUACCACGGGAAAGCUAGUUUGACUCGAGCCUAUCCAGACGGAGGGAAAGGAGACCCUAGGUCCCCUAGACAGUCCCGCCAUGAUAAAAAUGUCACAGCGUUUGGCGGUGCGAUCCGACAUUCGAACUUAAAAUUCAGCUCGGGUUCGUGUUCGAAAGCUCGUUGAGCUCGAUGUUUAUGCAAGAAUAAAUUAAUCUAAAAUUGUAACGGGAAUCGAACAAAUAUGAAUCUAACAAUGGGGUAAAUUGAGGAGUAAAAGUACGAAAGAAAUUUAAUAAUAGUUUGAAGAUGAUAAUAUGAUUACAAGAGUGUAGUUGGAUUGCUUAAUGGAAUUGAUCAAGUGAUCGUGUGCUACAUGUUCUGCGGUAUGCCUUUUUUUAAAAUAAAACGCUACUCCUUCCUCAAGUAUCGCACUUGUUCCCCCUUUUUCCUCCACGUGCGGUUGGCCCUUCUUAUCUUAUGCUUUACCUGGCUAAACCGUUCUAGGCAUCUUUAUCCCAUUUGAACUUAGGUGGUCUUCUUCAUGCGCAUUAUAAACCAGCCCAAGCGUAAGAAAUGUAUCCGGACCAACAUCAAAUUACACGGAAAAGCACCGGCCCAACAAUUGCCCUCAUUCGUAUUGGUGAUAGUUGAACCGGGUGGAGAGACUGUCAUCAUUACGAAUUUUAAGUUUCCUAGACUCCUACAACUUUCCCUCUUCCCAACAACUGACAAACUCUCCCCAGCCGCAGAAGAGUUUUAUUGAUCAGUCAUUCGUAUUUCCUCCUUCUUUACCUUUUCACUCUGUGCCGGAUGAACUCUUUACUUCCAAUUCCAUUACUCCUUUAUGCUAUGGCGACAACAGUGUUUUUGAGCCAGGGCGUUUUUGAGACCAGGAACCUCAAGGCUGCCGACUUACGUGUUAAGGACAAGGAGGAGAUCGAACCGUCGUAUGGCUUUCCGGUAAAUGCGAGAGUCCGGUACCCACAGCGUGGUGAACGGGUAGAUUGGACUUGCCCUAGUUGGAUCAAUUUCUACCAAUAUCCGUUUGAGAAACUAGGUCUUCGUUUCCCUUUCUCUGCCCUGGUAAGUGGUUUUAUCUCCCUUGCGAAAUUGUCACCCUGUCAAAUUAUGCCUCAGACCUGGAGGCUCCUCCGCUCUAUGGAGUUUUUGAUUGAGAAAAACGGUUUGAGCUUCGCCUCUGAGGAUUUGGGCUUCUCCUAUGACCUUCGUACCUCUGGGAAGGGGAGGUUUAUUUUGACGCUUAAACCUGGCACGAAACCUUUGGUCUUGGGGAUUAGCAAUGCCAACGACAGAGGUUGGUUGACCAGAUUCUUCUUUGUUGAAAGGUCUUCACUGAGUGGCUCCGGGGACUACCUCCCUGAUCGUUUGAGAGUUGCCGGUAAACCCCUUUCCUUUCG